GCUCGCACCCCCACCUGAGCCACUCCUCUUUCCCCGCACCCCGCCCGUACUUUCCACAACAAUAACAUGAGUUUUUCCGUCGACGAUCUCGUCUCGUCCUUCAAUGCAGCGCACGUCGGUCAAGAGGCAAGAGACUUAGCUGCUCUUCAGGCUCAGCUUGCACAGACAUUGCUUUGGCAAAUGCCAGCACAGUCUUCAAGUGCUCAGAAUAUCCCUCGCACGCGCAAGAACAGCGUCGCCCAACCAUGUACCACUCCGGCUGCUCGUACGCCCUCGACGGGCUUCUUUUGGGACUCGGAUGACAAGCGACGUCGGAGUUCUAGCGUUGCGAGCCGACGCUCGGAGUCGGAUAGUGCUAUGGAAUUCCGGGAGGAGGAUAUGGAGAUGGACGAUGAGCGGAUGGUGGAAAAUCUACUGCUGUCCUCCCCCACAUCACCUCAGUCGGCCUCCCGAACGUUCUCUCAGUACAUGGCGCCCGCACCGCCCCAUCGACCGCAGCACCGCACGUCAGCAACAUUCACCUCACCAUCGUCGCCUUACGAACCCUCAUCCCACUCUCAGUCAUCAUCACUCUUCACCACAACCGACCCAUUCUAUCUCGCCACUGUACAGCAUCAGCAUCAGCACGCCGCACCGUCUUUCUUUGCGCAAGCCGCACGACCUGGCCACAAUUCUCCUUUCAUGCCCAAACCCCCUGUCCAAACCCAGUCUUCCAUAUCCGUUCACGGCAUGUCAAUGGACGUUGACUCGAGACCGAUGCUCGUUUCGCCUGCAGGUCCCGGCAUGGGCAUGUACAACGACUAAAUGAAGGCUGCAUCGCCCUAGAGCCUGAGCUUAGCUGUGCCUCUUUUUCGUAUUGUCGGCAGGACACCAUUCUUCAUGCAUGCAUACCCAUCUCAUCCCCUCUCCGUCCUCGUCUGCUUUUUGUCUCGGUGUAAAUAGGACAGCGCACUGCUGUUUCACGACCAUCGCUGUUCCGUUCAGGAGUCGAUCAGGGUGACGUACGGACCUGUACAUCCGCGUCCGGUAUUGACCGGCCCGGUACUGGUGCCUCUUACCCCGCAUUCUGUCCAGUUCCGGAUUCGCACGCCCCACUCCCCACUCCCCGCUCAUGCCGCAUCUGUCGCGCGCUUUGACCAUACACAAGUCAUCAAAGACUUCGAUGUUCAGCGCUCAGCCAGCACCAUACAUACUGUACAUUCGGUAUCAUCUUGCAAUAUUUCCGAGCCCAAUCUUCCUUACACUGUUGCAGUAUAGCCCCUGUAGAGUGUUUCAUCUCUUAGACCGAAUUUCCUACGUUUCGUCUACUAUCUGUCUUGUGUAUUGUACGAUUCCUUUAUCUCAUACUCCCAUACGAUCUCCACGGUCUCGUCGUAGAUCUCCCAGUAUCUAUCUCUCGCUCAUGGAUUGCCUUUUGGCUCUUUCCGGUUACGACCUCUCCCCACUCUUCCUUCUACAUUCACGCGUAAUUCUCAGUUAUCCAUCUUUAUGUAUGUUGUUCUGCUCCUUGCACUCCCGUUCUUGACCGCGUAUCUAGUGCCGCGCAUGCUGUACUGGUAAUUCACCAGGAGCAGUGACCAGUACUUACGCUUCUGACUAUAGACAGCGGGUACUCUUCGACUGCUUCCUGUUUGCAAAGACAGUUUUUGUAUCUGUUGGACUUUGGUUCACGCUUCGAGUUCCUUCUGUAUGAGCUAUAUGUUUC